AUGGACAUGGAAAGAGCUGACCUCCAGGAGCAGCUGAUGGCGGUGAAAAUGGAGAACAACAUUCUCCGGUCCAGAGCCACGGGCGUCCCUCGCACCCCGCGGACGCGUUCCUUCUCGGGAGCGACGCUCACGACCAAGGACAAGGAGCUGGAGCAGGACGGAGACCUCAUGAGAGAGUUGAGCCCUCUGCCGGUCCCCCGGUCCUUCGAAAGGCCGAAGGCCAGGGGCAUCUCUAUGGCUCGCGACUCGGUCGGGAGCGGGGAUGAGGGGCCAGCGAACGGUAGCGGCGGGGAAGUUUCGAGGCACCGGCGGGGGGGCGGGGGGGGUUUCCUGAGGAACGUGUUGGGGCCCCGCGUGAGAUUCGUCCAGCUGGACGGCGCCGGGGGCACCUUGUUUGGAGCAGGCGUUCCCAAGGCGCCAGCGACAGCGGCGCACUGGAUACUCUUGACAGACGGCGCUAUGUAUGUGGUCGAGACCCGAGGGCUCGGGGCUGCAGCAGAGGGCGAGAGACCAGCAGCAAGAGAAACCAACGGUCUCUGUUGCCUCAAGCGACACCGCUUGUGGAGCCUGAGCCUGCCGCUGGAGACGCGCGCCUUGCCGAACGGCGAUGAGAUGGCGGUGCGAAGCACGGCCGUCGUCUUGCGGCUCAACCUGGCCGAGGAGGAAGGCCGGGGGCCCGGUAGAGGGCGGGAGGGGGUGGGGGGCACCGCGGCGAGAAGCGCGGGCGCUGCGAUCGAGCGGGGUUACCUGUGGCUCUCGUGUGACACCAAUGAGGCUCGGGGCGAGCUGGUGGAGCGUAUAGUCGAGUGGCAUCAGUGGCGCCCGUCCCCUCCACGAGGGAAGAAUCGCGGUGCCCCUGAUGGUGUUGACGGGGGGGUUGGCGGCGGUCCUCUUUCCUCGACAGCGGAUGCAGCACGACAAGCAUCGGCAACGGCGGCAGCGGAACUAGCGGCAGCGCCGCAGUCAAGGCGAGGUCAUGCUAGUGUUAGUAACGGCGGCGACGCCGGUAAGGGGAGAGGGGCCGCCGGUGGCAGCGGCAGUUUUGGGUUUGGCUUCGGCGAGGUAGAAGAGAGCGAGGACGAGGAGGAAGAGUCGUUGGAGGUGGACCAGAUCUUGUUGAGCGAGCUCGUGGGAGACCUUGGGGAGGAGCGCAGCCUAAACGUGACCGCGCUGCUCCUGGCGGACAAGGAGGCGCUCGAUCCCGGGGACGUCGCUCUCCGGUAG